CAUAAUAAAUGAUCGGAUAUGACGUACAAUUGUAUGACAACAGGCGACCAAUCGGAGCUGUCUUUACGGCAAGUGACUACUGAGGAGUUGCUCUCGACCCGACCAAUGAACAAAACAGCCAUGAGCAGCGCGUGGCAUCACUCUAGGAGGGGCCGAGGACACAGGCAUAAGGAACAGGGUCGAGUGACCAGGGAACGGGUGGAGGAGCAGAACGCUGAAGACUCAGUGCCUCAUGGCACCUGUAUGACUAUGUGUCCUGCUUAUGAAUUACGCCAGCGGGAAGCACAGAAUCGUCUGCACAGGUUUGAGAUGGUGGCCGACACAGAGCGGGAUCGUUUGCCACGUGCUGAUGUCUCACGUGCCGUCAAAGAGUUUUCGAGACCUGCAGCGGGGAAAGACUCCACGAGAGCCAGCGACCUUCGACCUCCAUCUGUGCUUUUAAAGACUGUGUGUCACCUAGUCGAUGACAUUGCAGCUUCCUCUACAUUUCAGCCGUGGGCGGAGGUCUACAGUUUUGUGUUUGACCGUCUGCGUAGUGUUCGGCAGGACAUGAUUAUCCAGCGUGUGUCGGGGCCGGACUGUGUGGCCGUGCUGGAGAAAAGCGUGUGUUUCCUUCUCUACGCCUCCUACAGACUCUGCGGGCAGCAACUUCAGUAUUUUGACCCACGCAUCAAUGACACUCACCUGCAGGAAUGCUUGAGCUGGUUGCUGGAGAGCUACAGAGAUGGGAAGCACCAGCAUCAAGAGGAGUUUCAGGCACUGAGUCUUCUCUAUAACUUGGGUAAGUGA